CUUAUGCGCCCUACAUGAUCUUUCUUAUGACUUUUUCGCUGAAAGCGCAUUUUUAUAACGCUUUUUAUAUUAUUAAGGGGUUCGUUGACGAAAAGCCCUACUGUGCACUUCUCUCUCUCUCUCUCCUCAGUUUUCAGCGGAAGCAAAGGUUAUCCGUUCUUGAAUAAACGGCGGUCUUCCUUAUUUUAUCAGCACACGCUUUUACGCUCUAGGCUCUUUUAUCUCCUUCUUUUCUCUUUUAAAAUCCCUUUUCGUUAUUCCGAGGCGAUCUUCCUUCUUUUCAACCUCCAGAUUGACAGAAAGCAACAAACCCACCUGCACCCAAUCGUUUCUCUCUCGCUUGGCAAUCGCUUUAUCGACAACGAGCAAACGGUACAUAUACAUACACAAAUCGUAAACGAUGGUGGAUCUUGAUCUCGACGCGUGCCUUGAGCGGCUUUACAAAAAGCAACUCCUUGCUGAAUGUGUCAUCCGCGAGAUUUGCGAACGGACAAAAGAAUUGCUCAUGCGAGAGAGUAAUGUGGUUCAUAUUCGAGCUCCAGUCACUGUUGUAGGCGAUAUCCAUGGGCAGUACUACGACUUGAUCGAAAUUUUUCGCAUUGGUGGCUACUGUCCCGAUACCAAUUACCUCUUCCUUGGUGACUAUGUUGACCGUGGUCUAUACAGCAUUGAGACUAUUUCGCUCUUGACAGUUUUAAAGCUACGCUAUCCCGAACGAGUACAGUUAGUUCGUGGCAAUCACGAAUCACGGGCAGUAACCCAGACAUACGGAUUUUAUACAGAGUGCAUGAGGAAAUACGGAUCACAACAAGUAUGGCAGUAUUUUACUGAUAUGUUUGACUUUCUGACAUUAUCAGUGGUCAUUGAUAACAGUAUUUUCUGCGUGCAUGGGGGCCUUUCACCUACUAUCCAUGUUUUGGAUCAGAUACGAAUCAUUGAUCGUUUUCGAGAAAUACCACACGAAGGUGCAAUGGCUGAUUUAGUAUGGUCGGAUCCUGAUCCAGAUAAAGAAGAGUUCUCUAUAUCUGCGCGUGGUGCUGGCUAUACGUUUGGAAAGCUUGUAGUAGAACGCUUUCUACAUCUAAACAAUAUGGGACAUAUCUUACGAGCACAUCAAUUAUGUAAUGCUGGUUACCAGGUUUUAUUCGAUGAUAAACUUUCGACAGUAUGGUCUGCACCCAAUUAUUGUUAUCGCUGUGGAAACCUAGCAUCAAUACUCGAAGUAGGAGUCAAUGGUGAACGCUUCUUUAAUGUGUUUGAUGCAGCACCCGAAAACGACCGUAAUCCUCAACAAGCGCAGUUAAAGGAAACUGAAAUCGAGUACUUCCUAUAGCAAAAACCUGUACAUGUAACAAAUAAAAGGGAAACUGCACACAUGCAUAUAUUAUAUAUACCGUACAUGCAGCCUUUGUGCUAUAUAUCGAC